AUAAAACGUUUUGGGACCCCAGUGCUCAAUGUGCAAUAUUUCUGCAUUCCGCCGUUCAAUUCAUUUGCUCGCUUCAUUGAAUCAUGAUGGCGUCCGACAAGUCUGAGGUGCUAGAUACUUCGAUAUCUUCUGACAAUGAAGCUUUGCCUGUACUCAGGGAAAAGCUGCCUGGUAUGUUUGCUUGAUCUCUUUUCAUAUCUAUCAUAAUAUAAUCCUAACAGACUAUAGUAAAAUGGUACCGCUCAACCCUUUACAAUGCCAUCAUCCUCGGCAUUUGUAACUUCCUGGCCCCAGGUAUCUGGGGUGCAAUGAACAGUCUGGGGGCUGGCGGCGAAGAAAGUCCAUAUUUGGUUAAUGCCGCUAAUGCCCUAACCUUCUGCCUCAUGGUCAUCUCCUGUUUCUUCUCCUCCAUCCUCGUUAAAUAUAUCGGUAUAAAACCCGCUCUCAUCUUUGGCACGAUCGGUUACGCACCAUACGCUGCUGGACUCUACUGCAACAAUCGAUACGGCAAUGAGUGGCUUGUUCUCCUCGGCGCAGCCUUGUGCGGAAUUUCCGCUGGUGUGUUUUGGAUGGCCGAAGCAGCGGUCGCAUUGAGUUAUCCGGAACCCGAGAAUCAGGGAAGAUUCCUAGGAUUAUGGUUAAGUUUCCGAGUUGCCGGACAGGUUUUGGGCGGCGUGAUUAAUCUAGCUCUCAAUGCGGAUAAUUCUGGUAGAGGCAAGGUAUCAUACAAUGUAUAUCUUAUAUUCAUCGCGUUACAAGCCCUUGGACCUUUUGCGGCAUUACUCCUUACACCACCUGAAAAGGUUCAGCGAACUGAUGGAGUUAUCCCAAAUCUUCGCAUCUCGGAAUCUAGCUGGAGGGAAAUAAAAUUUACGUCGAAAUUGUUUAUAAGUAAAUACUUUUUGUUGCUAGUGCCAGUUAUUGCGCAAGGAGUUUAUAGCGAGGCCGUUAUGUUUACUUAUGAAUCUGUGUGGCUUAGUGUGAGAGGAAGAGCAUUGGGUUCGUUUCUUUCCGGCAUUGUGGCAAUGAUUUCGGGUAACUUGUUGGGUGCAUUUUUGGAUCGGGAGAAGUGGCCGUUGAAGAAAAGAGCGAGAUGGGCUUUUGUGGUAAUUGUAGGCUUGCAGGGUGUGAGUAUUGUUCUUUUGUUUCACUCACUUUGUAAUGUUUAGCUUUGUACAUUUACUGACUUUGAUUCUAGGUUUGGUGGAUAUGGGGAACUGUCCUCGUGACAAACUAUUCGGAUCAGAAUCCACUACCAGUAUUUGAUUGGUCUGAUGGUGGAGCAUUCGUGAGGACAUUCUUAGUAUUCCUAGGAUGGGUUUCCGGAUUCCAAAUUAACUAUCUAUUCCUGUGAGUACAUACAUACUUCAAUAUCCUACAUAAAUAUACUAACGACCAUCAGAUACUUCCUCGUUGGAAAUCUCGCUACAACCGCCGAAGAAGUCAUAAGAAUCGCAGCACUGCUUCGAGGAACAGAAUCAGCUGUGCAGGCUGUUAGUGUGAGUCACCGCUUUUAUCUUCAUCAUAUCAUCCAUAUCACAAAAUAACUGACGAAACACAUAGUACGGAUUAAAUAGCAUCACAGUAAUGGGUAAUGUCGGGGGUGUAUAUCUCAAUUUUGGCCUUUGGGGAUUGGCGCUGAUUCCUGGGUGGUUGGUGGUUAAGGAGAUUGGGGUUACUCUUGGGGAUAAUAAGAUUGCGAGGGAGAGGGAGGUUGUUGAGAGAUCUUAAAGGGAAAAAUGGUGUCGGUAGAUGAUUGAAUGCGUUAUUAUAGAUGAAAUUAUAUCUUGAUACUAGAGAUAGCUUAGCUUCCUGUCCUAUUUUUAAAGCUUUGACCUGACUGAUAAAAGCCCGGGCG